CCGCCCGGCGCCCACCGACAUGAGGGAGCAUCUCUCUUAAGCCCGGGUCUGAUUCUCGAGGCCGACGUGGUGGUGGUGGUGGAGGUGGUGGUGGUCGUGGUGGUCGUGGUGGAAUGCAAGAGCCAGGACGUGAUGGAAACAGGACUUGAGGAUCGUCUCAGAAUGCCGGAGGAAAGUUCUCCCAGGCAGACACCACAGAAUGUUCCCUACCAGGAUCUCCCCCAUCUGGUCAACGCGGAUGGCCAGUACCUCUUCUGCAGGUACUGGAAACCAGCACAUGCGCCCAAGGCCCUGGUUUUCGUAUCUCACGGCGCUGGGGAGCACUGCGGCCGCUAUGACGAGAUAGCUCAGAUGCUGGUGGGCCUGGACCUGCUGGUGUUCGCCCACGACCACAUCGGCCACGGGCAGAGUGAAGGGGAGAGGAUGGUGGUGUCUGACUUCCACGUCUUCAUCCGGGACGUGCUGCAGCACGUGGACUUGAUGCUGAAGGACCACCCAGGGCUGCCCGUCUUCCUGCUGGGCCACUCCAUGGGAGGCGCCAUCUCCAUCCUCACGGCCGCCGAGAGGCCCAGCCAAUUUGCCGGCAUGAUUCUCAUCUCGCCUCUGGUUAUCGCCAAUCCCGAGUCUGCCACCACGUUCAAGGUCCUCGCCGCGAAAGUGCUCAACUUCGUCAUGCCGAACAUGUCCCUGGGGCCCAUCGACUCGAGCAUGCUGUCCCGGAACAAAGCCGAGGUGGACAUCUACAACGCCGACCCGCUCAUCUGCCACGCGGGCCUCAAGGUGUGCUUUGGCAUCCAGCUGCUGAACGCCGUGUCCCGCGUGGAGCGUGCCCUGCCGAGGCUCACGCUGCCCUUCCUGCUGCUGCAGGGCUCGGCCGACCGCCUGUGCGACAGCAAAGGGGCCUACCUGCUCAUGGAGUCGGCCCGGAGCCAGGACAAGACGCUCAAGAUCUACGAAGGUGCCUACCAUGUCCUCCACAAGGAGCUUCCCGACGUCACCAGCUCGGUCUUCCGCGAGAUCAACAUGUGGGUGUCUCAAAGAACAGCGGCCGCCAAGGGGUCCUACUCGCUCUGAGUUCCCGGGGAAGGGGCCUCCCGCGGGGUGGGGGGCGACGGGGGCGGUGGGGGCGGGGCCGGCUGCUUGCGGGUGGGGCUUGCAAAACACAAACAAAACAAACCCAGGGGAAGAAACUUGCCCGACGUCGAGGCGUCCCUUAGUGCACCUGACUCAGAAACCAGAACUUGCUCUCAGCCAGCCGCUGGCGCCGCCAAAGGGACAGCGCAGAGCGGGGUGACCGUCCCCCCCCCAGGGGCCAUGAAACCGAGCAAAACCUCUGCCCCGGCUCCCCGGUCCCCCCCAACCUCCCCCCUGCCCAGGAACCCUGGAGGGCACCUGAUGGCAAUAACAGGAGCCUCCCUGGACCCCCAGCCCUCACCCACCUCCGGCAGCACCCCGGGGUAGAGGGGGGGCGGUAUACCCCCAAACUUCCAAAGGCACAAGCCCCAGGCUGCGGGUUGCCAGGGGUCCCUGGGGUGCUGAGGGCGGGCUGGAACUGCCCGCCUCCAGGGCUAUGUGUAUCGGGGUCCCAGCGGGUCCCCGGCCUGGAGAGCUGAAGAAGAGAGUCUAAUAUAUAGAAGAGUCUAAAGCAGAGACUAUUUUGCUGACAGGGUGUGGGGGGUCCUGCAGGCCUGGCGCCUCGGGGCCCCUCGAGGGAGCCUGUGCCCGCUCCCCCUGCCCGCCUGCAGCCCGGCUGGCAGGACAGAGACUUGGCCGGAAGGGGGUGCCAGCACCCCCAACUUGCCUUCCCCGCCCCCCCCCCACACACCACUGCCCUCCCUUAGUUCCAGCAAUAAACGGGAACCUACCACCAGGGGGCGACAUUCAGCUCCUACUUGCACUUGGGACUCGCUGUUACCUCAUGAGUCCCCCCCAGAGCCAGUGUGACCCCCCUCCUGUCGGGGGGUCACCUGCUCGGCCUUAGAGCGCAGCGCAAGGGGCCCCAGGGCCCCGGAUGAGCUGGCCACCCCCACCCCUGGGAGCUGGGGGCCCUCCCCACGCCCUGUAUUUUCAGGGGUGGUUCUGGGUCCCCGCCAGCAGGUGGCGCCCGGCCCUCCUUGAAGGCCUCUCCCGCAGGGGCAGUUUGGGGGGGUCUCUCACCCAGGCCCCCACCCCGGCGGCCUCCGCUGCACCUCCAGCUCCACUUAGGAGCAAACGCCGGCUCAGGAGAGCAGGAGCCUCCACGCUGAGGCCCGGGGCCGCCCCCCUAGAAUGUUGGUGGCCACCCAGGCCGCUCAGCGCUGGGCAUUGGACCACCCAAGUCGCUUCCAUGGACGCCCCCACGUGACUGGGUCACUGCCCCAGAGCCGGCCCCGACCCACCUUCCACAGGGCAUGACCAGGGCCCGGCAGCUGGGCUCGGCCUGGCACAGGGCUGAGUGGCACUGCAGGUCCGGAGGGGUCUCUGGGCCAUGGGCAGCCUGACCCGGGACAUCAGGAUGUGGGGGGGGUGGUGAGAGGCUGCCAGACAAACCCCACCUGGGGGUCCCCCAGCCAGGCCUCAACCCCAGCACCUGCCCCACCUGUCCCCCCACCUGUGCCUCUGUGGGCACAGAUGAGACGCCUCCUGCACUGGGAGGGGGCUGGGCGGCCCCCCACUUCCCCGCCGUCUCGGGGUGCCGGGUCACAGUGGGAGUCCCCGGCUCGGCUCUGCGCGCCAGGGCCCGUUCUUCCUCUCGCCCACCGAGCACUAGCAGAAACCAGUAGGGUCCCCGCAGCUUCCCAGCAAGUCAGUCUGUCACUGUCCCCGCGGCUCCGCACAGCCCUGCGCCCGGCCAGCCCGCGGGGACGCGCACCUGGUCACAGGAACUGAUGUACACCACGGCUAACCCUAAUAAACACGUCUCCUGACCG